UCCACAGGACCCGUGAUUCCCAAUUGUCUCCAAAGAGUCGCAGAAACAAGAGUUUUUGGUUUUCAGAACCAUGGUCAGCGCGCGGACUCUCCUCCUCGUGGUCACUUGCAGCUGCACCUACCUUUGGCUUUCCCGAGCCGAGGACUCUUCCUUGGAAACGCGCUCUCUGGAUUUUACUCUGAAAGCUCAGCAAGAAAAGGAUCUGAUCGACGCCUUGCAAGGAGUUUUAGAAAAGCUGAGAAACAAAGAAAUGCCAUUGGAGAAGAAGCUCGGAUGGUUGCCUUCAUGUGACGCAGGAGAGCCGUGCGCAGUGCGUAAAGGUGCGCGCAUCGGAACACUGUGCGGCUGUCCUCGAGGGACUUCAUGUAACUUCUACGUUCUCAAAUGUUUAUAGGAGUAAGAAAAGAGUUUAUUUUAGAGUUGGAAAUUAUGACAAUAAUGAAUAAGUAUGGCAUCAAGGGUGCAAAUCAUAAGUAAUUUUCUGUCCUCAUAAAUCAUUCAAAUCCAAAUCAAUGCAUCAUUGGCAAAUCAGUUCAGCUGGAAAAUGUGUGGUCAUUUGACCCUAAAAAUUAUAGCCUAAUUUAAGUAAAAGGGGACUCUCUUUAGGAAAUUUCUGUUAAGUAUCAAACUUUCCUUAUUUUUUAUUUGAGAAAUCCGUAGUCACUUAGUUGAAUGGAAUGCCAACCAAUAAAGUAAAA